GGCGGGCGGCUGUUGUCCGCGGCGUCGUCCACCGCGACGAUGGGCAAUCGCGAGUCCACCGCACACGGCGCGGGCAGCGGCCCCGACGACGGCGGAGUGCCCGACUACUACGCCCUCCUCGAAGUCGACGACAACGCGACCGCAGACGAGAUCAGGCGAUCCUUCCGCAGGCUCGCCCUCAUCCACCACCCAGACAAAAAUCCCGACAACAUAGAUGCUGCAACAAACACUUUUGCAACGCUACAGCAAGCCUACGAAGUACUCAGCGAUGACCAAGAGCGUGCUUGGUACGACAGCCAUCGGGCCUCCCUAGCUCCGGAGCCCGACGCACGAACCGUCUUCGAGGACGUCAAGCGCGGCGCCCCUCCUCCGCGCGCCCGCGAUCGCGGUCUGACGGUCCGACACCUCGCUCAGUUCUUCGACGCGUCAAUAUACACUGGCUACGACGACGGGCCUAAUAGCUUCUUCACCAUAUACCACAAUCUCUUCGAUCGGCUCGCUCAAGAGGAACGCCAGUUCACCGACGCUUCCUCUCAACAUCCAUCCCUUGGCGACGCAACAUGGCCAUGGGUGCCCGCUAACAAGGACUCCAGAGAUAGAGCUGCGCGCACGUUCUACAAUUCUUGGAUGAACUUUGUGACGGCAAAGGACUUUGCCUGGGCAGAUGCAUGGAAUAUCAACGAAGCCCCUGAUCGACGAGUACGGAGGCUCAUGGAACGCGACAACAAAAGGGCGAGGGACGACGCGCGGAAGGAAUACAACGAUACCGUUCGGUCUCUCGCGACCUUCCUCCGUAAACGCGACUCACGGUACAAAGCUCACCUCGCCGCACAAGCCGCCGCUGCAUCUUCUUCCGCGUCCACGCCGAGAGGCGCGCGCACUCCAUCCUCGCGACCGGCCCCUCCGUCCUCCCAGCCCGAUUUUGUCGCCCAGGACUGGCAGAAGGCACAGGCGAUGCCCGACGCGGACGACCUCGAGUGGGCGGCGGCGGAGAACGAAGACGAGGAGUGGGAGUGCGUUGCGUGCGGCAAGAGCUUCCGCAGCGAGGCGGCGUGGGAUAGCCAUGAGCGCAGCCGGAAGCACUUGAAGGCAGUCGAUGAGCUGAAGAGGCACAUGAAGGAGGAGGGCGAAGAGCUGGGGCUUGACGGAGACGGCGAGGAGCAGAAUGACGAGUCGCUGGGUAAUGCAGGCGAAGAUGAAGGGACGAUCGAAGAACCGCCAGAGACACCCGCUCCUCAGUCGGAUGCUGAGGAUGCGGUCAAUGAGCCAGAAGCACACGCCGCCGACAUCGACAGCGGCGAGGACGAGGAGGGCAGCGCAGCGAGAAACGCCAACAGUUCCAGAGCACAGUCAUCAAGCGAUACCGUGCAUGGAGACGGCGACGGCGAAGGUGGCGCAGCGCAAUCCACGUCCAAACGAAAGACAAAGGCCAAGCCGCCGCGUGCCCCGUCCCCCGAAGUCCUCACAAAGUCGCAACUCAAGGCGAAGGCACUGUCCGAACAAGCCAGCGUAGCAUCUUCCACUGUUGACGCCCUUGACCCAGCUGCGGAGGUCGAUGACGUGCCUCAGGAGUCUGCGACGACGCCGACGCCGCAGCUCUCGAAACGAGACAAGCGUCGCGCUCGCGAGGCUGCGAAGGCCACCCGCGCAGAUGCAGCGGGCGCUGCUGUCAACGAGCGCUGUAACGUGUGCAAGUCAGAGUUUGAUAGUCGGACGAAACUCUUCGCGCAUAUUAAGACGACUGGGCACGCUGCCGCAACCGUGGUUGACGAGGGCCGCAGUGGAGGUGCGAAGAAGGGCAAGAAGGGCAAGAAGUGAUGUCUCGUGAAUGCGGGGCUCGUCGUGUCAUCGUACGUGUAGUAACCAGCAAAUACUACUGCUGUAGCCUUACAAUGUGCUAACGGAGUUUUCUUUAUAUGACACCGUAC